CAGGCGUAGCUGGAGAGAGACUUCAAGGAGGUAUCAAGCAUCAGGGGCACUACUACGCCCUUGAAACAUCCUGCAGCCAUCAUGCCCAUCAGAAGAGGCCACGUCGCACCUCAAAACCUCUUCAUUGACACCAUUAUCCGUCGCUUCGAUGGCCCACACCGGGCCUUCGUGGUGGCCAACGCGCAGCAUGACUGCGGUGUUAUCUUCGUCAAUGAGGGUUUCUGCAAGAUGUCCGGCUUCUCGCGGGCGGACGUGAUGCAGCGGCCCUGCACCUGCGACUUUCUGCACGGACCCCUCACCUCCAGCCUGGCCAUACAGCAGUUAAGGGAGGCCCUGGCCACAGCUCAGGAGCGACUCGUCGAGCUUCUUUACUACAAGAAGGAUGGGACGAAAUUCCUGUGCCAGACGACGCUGUGUCCGAUCAAAAACGAAGAUGGUGACACGUGCAUGUUCAUCGUCAACUUCCAAGACAUGACUCCAAGAACUGAGGAAGAUGACGAAGAUGAUGCCUCCUCCGGCGACAACACCAUCCAGUCCAGAUUCAACAGGGCUCGCGCAUCCUUUCGUCAGUCAUUCCGCAUGGGCACUCUCCGGCGGGUGAAGUCGCCAGCCUCUGGCCCGUCCAGCUCCCCUGGAACACGCAUGGCACCCAUCCUGGACGAGCCAGCUGAAGAACCUCAGGAGGAGGAGGAAGAAGAGGAGAACGCUCACUCCAGCAGGGAACCUGACGACAGUGACCAGCGGGAUCCUCUGCUGGGCGUCACCACCCACCUGAACUCCACCACUGCUGCAGCUACUGCUGCAGACGGCGCCGCCAGGGAAGUCCCAACCUCCCCUCGUCAGUCCAGCAGCACCACGUCAGAAGUAGCCUUACCUGCCUCUGCCGCACCUGCUAUUCUUACUACUAGUCCUGUCGAGCCUCCUGCUACUGCUGCUACUGCCGCUACGCUCGUCAUCUCUAGCGAUAGAAGGGUGGGGUCGUUCGCCGAGGAGUCAGGGCGGAGCAGGUCGUCGAUGCGUCCAGCUACGUCACUGGACGGUAUCAGUCACCACCGUGUGUCACAUCCGAGGGGCAGAGACUUCCCCUCACGUUCAGCCACCAUCACCUCAACCGCCCGCAACAAUAUCUUGAAGCCGUUCCCCAACGCUUCGUCUGAGUCUGACCUCUCGAGGUACCGCACCAGACUGAUGGGUAGGGAUCGUAAGAGUCCCUCACUCAGUAACCUGACAGCUGAAGGCAUCAAGCACAAGUUCUCAUUCCAAGACCCUAAUGCUGCCAAGGGUCUCUUCCCAAAUGCCAAGGGUCACCAGAAGAUUGACAAGGUCGCCCACGUCGGCCAGGUGGUGAGUACCCUCUUUGAUGUAUCUUCUUUCAGGAAAUCGCAGAUGUCACUUUCAUCCUCAGGUCAAAUGUUCCUCUUUUCAUGAUGCUGCAGAUGUCAGACUCGUCUUCAGGUAAGGUUACUAGCCAGACUCUCAUCAUCAAUCUGGGGAACACAAGAAUAAAAACAGGACCGCGAAACAUGCG